AUAGCUAUAAUUUUAGAAUUUAAAGAUGUUAUUUACUCAUUUCCGAAGAAAGUCGGAUUCUACCACUGAAACAGAGAGUGAAAUUUCUAGUGAUUCUUCACAAAGUCUCGAAGAACAAACCGAAGAGAACAAUGUGUUAGACUCAGAGUCACGAGAAGUUAUUACUAAGCUUCUCGACGAUAAGGAGAUAGAAAACUUGGAGUCCGUUGAACAUCGAGUUUUUAAUAUAAAAGAAUCUAACUUAGUCGAUCAAGAUGGCGAUCUCGACCCUCAUUUAUGUAGCGAGUGUUUAACUGGGCCGGCAAUACUUCGCUGUGUUGAAUGUCAGGAUGCCUUUUGUUUUACUUGUUUUAAGAUGAUACAUCGCUCUGGAAAUCGGCAAUUUCAUAAAACAGAGUCGAUGGACAACGAUGGAGACUUGUCAACUUCGACUGUACCUGGUAAUUUCUGCUCUUCUCUACCUCCUUCAGUUAACGCUAUAAGCUCUAAAAAUGAAUGUUCCGACCUGCUUAUUCAGCGAUCGAAGUAUAUUCCUUUGAGGCUCACUCUUCUAGAACGUAAGAAAAUGAGACUUGUCGAGGCUACGCUUCAUGUUUCCGAGUACACCGAUCGUAUGGACGUCGCUAAGUUUAUUGAUAAAAAGAAUAGAACUUUACAACAACUUCGCGAGAUAUGCGCUAUUCUGACGGGGGUUCUUAUUUCAUUGGACUAUGAAGAAGGACAGCUUUUGAUGGAUAACAGAGAAUUUUGUAAAUAUGAAAAAAUAUAUCAAGAACUCUUUGAAAUUCCACGGCGGUAUAAAAUAUUGAAUCCCGAGAGAAUGAGGUCCUCUUAUGGAAAGCUAAUGUACUUUUUACAAGAUACAUGCGUUUCGGAGAUUCAAAACUUAUUACAACUUAACUGCAUUCGGCCAAUGAGGACAGUAUAUUCUCUGUUGGCCGAAAGGGGAAAACUGGCAUUAUUAAAAGAUUCAACUGUUGAAACCGCCACCAAAGUCAUCACUUCUGCUGGGAAGUCUCGCUCCGAGGUUCAGCGAGAUAUCAAAAAGAAAAAUGCCGCUGUGGCCUACUUAGCGCGCACCUAUUCUUCUAGUUCGCUAUCAAAAGAAGAAAUUGAACGCUGUCUUCACUCUAUUAACGACAACAAUACAUUUCUUUACGCCAAUCGGGAUCCUUGUGAAAAAAUGAUUGGUUACCUGAAAAAGUAUUUCAAACCCGAUUCGUUCGAACCUGGCUAUUCGCUAGUAAUUACAGCGGGAGCGGAUGGCGCACGACUUUCACAUUCCCAUACACGUCAGUACUAUUACUGUUUACAGUCUUUAACGCUUUGGCGGGAAAUAUUACAUAAUUUUUAUCAACUUUGGUUUUGCACAGAGAAGGAUUUGUUGAGCAAUUCGAAUUCUUAUGAAUUAAAAGAUACUGGACAAGGCAGAUUUAACAUAAAUAAAAAUUAUAAACUUUUUUUUAAUAAACUAUUUUUUUAG